UUCGGAGGACGUGUCACUACUGGUUGUGGACUCCAUUGUGGACGUGAUCUUUUUUAUAGACAUAGUUUUAAACUUUCACACGACGUUUGUGGGACCGGGCGGCGAGGUCGUAUCUGAUCCGAAAGUCAUCCGCAUGAACUAUCUGAAAAGUUGGUUCAUCAUCGACCUGCUUAGUUGCUUGCCAUACGAUGUGUUCAACGCUUUCGACCACGACGAAGAUGGCAUUGGUAGUCUAUUCAGCGCCCUCAAAGUGGUACGCCUGCUACGCUUGGGCCGAGUGGUGCGCAAACUCGACCGCUAUCUGGAGUACGGCGCUGCCAUGUUGAUCCUGCUCCUCUGCUUCUACAUGCUGGUCGCUCAUUGGCUGGCGUGCAUAUGGUACUCGAUCGGUCGGUCGGACGCCGACAACGGCGUUCAGUACAGCUGGCUGUGGAAAUUGGCGAACAUCACGCAGAAUCCGUACUCGUACGUGUGGCCGAACGACUCGAGCACGCCCGAACUGAUCAACGGACCUUCGCGAAAGACGAUGUACGUGACGGCGUUGUAUUUCACGAUGACGUGCAUGACGUCCGUUGGGUUUGGCAACGUGGCAGCCGAAACGGACAACGAAAGGAUCUUCACGAUAUGCAUGAUGAUCAUUGCGGCCCUAUUGUAUGCGACAAUCUUCGGUCACGUGACGACGAUUAUUCAACAGAUGACGUCUGCGACCGCAAAGUAUCACGACAUGCUGAACAACGUAAGGGAGUUUAUGAAGCUACACGAGGUCCCCAAGGCGCUGUCGGAACGCGUGAUGGACUAUGUGGUGUCCACGUGGGCCAUGACCAAGGGCCUCGAUCAGGACAAGGUGCUCAACUUCUGCCCGAAGGACAUGAAGGCGGACAUCUGCGUCCACUUGAACCGGAAGGUGUUCAACGAACAUCCGGCCUUCCGGUUGGCGUCGGACGGCUGUCUCAGGGCGCUCGCGAUGCAUUUUACCAUGUCGCACAGCGCUCCGGGCGAUCUGCUCUACCACACCGGCGAGUCCAUCGAUUCGCUUUGUUUCAUCGUCACCGGUAGCCUGGAGGUCAUACAAGACGACGAGGUGGUGGCGAUAUUAGGUAAGGGAGACGUUUUCGGCGAUUCUUUCUGGAAAGACAACGCAGUAGGCCAAUCGGCGGCCAACGUGCGCGCACUAACCUACUGCGAUCUACACACCAUCAAGCGCGACAAACUGCUGGAAGUGCUGGACUUCUACCAGGCGUUCGCGAACAGUUUCGCCAGGAACCUGAUACUUACAUACAAUCUGCGGCACCGCUUGAUAUUUAGAAAGGUGGCUGACGUCAAAAGAGAACGCGAGUUGGCCGAGAGGAGAAAAAACGAGCCGCAGCUCGAUCAGAAUCAGGAUCACUUGGUGCGAAAGAUUUUUUCCAAGUUUAGAAGAGAUCGAUCGCAGCAUGUUGCCACUAAUGAUAUGGAGAAAGGCGCUGAUUCAAGUGAAGGUGGAGAUAAGGGUAUAGCUCGAGGCAUCUCCACCACAAAACUUUCUUCAGUAGCCGAAAAGGACGACUCGAGCAACACGGGAGUCAAAACGACUUUACAAAGGCCGAGCAGCAUGCGGGGUAGCAAGUGGGGUCGACUUCUGGGUUCAGCCAGCUUGGAUUCCAGCUCAGAAACGUCGGCGCCCAACGCCACAACUUUCACCAGGAGUCAGAGCGCCAAGGACCCGAAGGACAGGCCGAGUUCAUCCUCGUCGGGUAGCUCCAUCACUCAGUCGACCAGCGGGUCAGGAAACAAGAUUUUCCCCAAGCUGCAGAAGGUGUCCACCACAAGUAGCCCAGGUAUCACCCGUCAGGACACGAUAGACGAGAUGGGCGAGGUGGAGCAGACGCAUUCGCGCAACCUGUCGCUGCGCAAGAUGCAGUCGUACGACUGCGGUCUGCGGGACCCGUCGACUGCGUCCAUGUAUCAGCCAGCCGUCCAGGAGCCGGUCGCGCCCGUCGAAUACAAGGAGAUCAUCACCAACCUGAUGGACUUCAAGGUCGACGUCAAACUCGAAAUACAAAAGCUCAACCAGAAGUUCAACAGAAUGGAGGACAUGAUGUCCGAGAUCCUUAAGAGGAUUACGCCUGAACCAAGUUCAAAAACUCAAUCGCCCCAGGGCGAGGAAGGUAAACCUAAACCUACAAACCCCGAGAGGCCUACAGAAUUAAUACCUCGAUCGAGUACAAGCGAAGGGACUGGUCUUGGAGCCACCAUACUAAAGAAAAGAAGAAGCAAAACGAGAAUUAAAUCCAUAGCACCUCAGGUUCCAACGACGCCCCCUGACAACGGCAACAACGGCGCCGGUGGUGUUGCCAAACCUUCGUCGCCGGACAGUUCGGCCGCGAGUCCGACGGAAACGACGAAGAUGCUCGAAGAGACCGUUUCGACGCCGUCCUCCCGAAAACCCAAGGACUUCUACUGAUUAAAAUUACUGUAAUUUAUAAAACAAUUAAUGAGGAACGAAUGAAUUACGGAUUUUAGUAAACGAUCGCCCAAAAAAGAAAACAAGUACUUAGGGUCAGUACUUCUCUACUCAUCCUGAAGACUUGAAAAACAAUUUCGUGUUUUUCAAAAUUAUUUUUGUCAUAUACCGGGUGUAUCUGAGAAUAGGCGCACCCCUGUAACUUUUUUAUUUAUAAAGAUACA